AGCCGAGCGCCGCGGAGCGGGGCCGGAGCAGGGCCGCCAUGCGCCCGGGGCCGGGGCUGCCGGCGCUGCCGGUGCUGCCGGUGGUGCUGGCGCUGCUGGCGGCGGCGGCGCGGCCGGGCGGCGGCGAGGAGGCGAUCCAGUGCCCGCCGUGCUCGGAGGAGCGGCUGGCGCGGUGCAAGGCGCCGCAGGGCUGCGCGGAGCUGGUGCGGGAGCCGGGCUGCGGGUGCUGCGCGACCUGCGCUCUGCCCCGCGGCACCGCCUGCGGCGUCUACACCGCGCGCUGCGGAGCGGGGCUGCGCUGCUACCCGCCCCGCGGAGAGCCGCGGCCCCUCCGCACCCUCAUGCACGGCCAGGGCAUCUGCACCGACCUGGCCGACAUCGAGGCCAUCCAGGAGAGCCUCCACCCCCCAGAGAAGGAGGAGAUCGACCACCCCAACAACAGCUUCAGCCCCUGCAGCAUCCAUGACCGCAAGUGCCUGCAGAAGCAGCAGGCGAAGAGGGUCAACAACGGCAACAAGAUGCGCAGCAGCGGCAGCCCUCACCACCGCGAGGACACGCGGCCCAUAGCACAGGGCUCGUGCCAGAGCGAGCUGCACCGGGCGCUGGAGCGGCUGGCGGCCUCGCAGACCCGCACCCACGAGGACCUGUACGUCAUCCCCAUCCCCAACUGCGACCGCAACGGCAACUUCCACCCCAAGCAGUGUCACCCAGCGCUGGACGGGCAGCGCGGCAAGUGCUGGUGCGUGGACCGCAAGACGGGGGUGAAGCUGCCGGGCUUCCUGGAGCUGAAGGGGGACUUGGACUGUCACCAGCUGGCGGACAGUAUGUGAGCGUGACCGAGGCGGCUCCGCGCCGAGCGGCCGCCUGGGACAGGAGGAGAGGGGCCGUGAGCGCCGAGCAGCGCCCUGGUGCCGGGGCACCCUGGGGUCACCUGGAGAAGUGUCACUCUGGGUCACUCUGGACUGUGCUGCUCUGCGCCACGGGCUGCCCACGACCCGCGCCAUGACCACUACCCGCCACUGCUGGGGAUCCUGGCACGCGCCAGCGGCCCCUCCAUCCCACGGGGACACAGCUUUGGACCGUGCUGCCCAGGGGCUGGUGUCGGCCUGCCCGGGUGGAGCCGGUGGGGAGCACCCUCGACGCUGCUGCCGGUGCCCCGUGGUGCCCCCCUGGUUUUUCACCCCGGCCCCUUGGGCAGCCCCCGACACCGUGGGGUGCUGUGGCAGGCUCUGCAUGCCAGACCUCUGCAUGGGCAGCAGGAGAAGUGCCUCAUCCUGCCCCUCCCAGCAGCAAGAGGCUGCAUCUCGCCCAAAGUGUGUGUGUGUGAUGGGCAGCGCUGCCACACAGAGCAAUAAGAGACCUUCCCCUCCCUGCUGCAGCCCCCCAUUCCCACAGCCCAGCCCCAUCCUGCUCCCCGUGCAGGGACAUGGCCCCCCAUCCAUCCUGUCUCCUCCUGUCCCAUCCCUGGGGUGAGGAUGGUCCUCACAGGCAUUGAGUCCAAGGGGAGGGUGGGGGGGACGAGGGAGCUCCAGGAAAUGCAUCCCAGCAGGAAGAGCUUUUGGUCUGAGUUUUUUCUUUCUUCCCCAAAUUUUGUUUUUCACUAUUUAAAAAAUGCCAUUGUUGGGAUCUCAAAAGUGACCAUGUGGCCCUGAAGCUGGAAUUCUCCAACCCCAGGGACAGGGCACUGUGGCAAUGGCUCCUGUCUUCUCUACUUGGCCAACAUGACAAAACCAGGAAGGGUUCUGGAAUGUCUCCAUGAUGGGAUCUGCAGAUUUCACCAGCAGAAAGUUCUCAGCUGAGAAAUUGUCACUGGUUUUGCAGCUAUUCUUUUUUCUUCUCUUUUCUUUAAGCUGGGCUGGAAUUUUUUCAUGUAAAAAUGCCAUGGCAAGCGUGCCAAAGAUGGAGGGGACUUUCCUGAUCCCCUCCUGACCUACCCCAGCUCCAUGGCCUCAGUGGAAGCUUUUGGUUUUCCACGUGGAUUUGCCCUGGCCAAGGCCCCCUGAUGGGAACGAAAUGUUUCAGUUUUAGUGAAACACGCUCUGCCCUCCUGACCCCCCUCUGCCUGCCCCUGUGCCCUGCCAGAUCCCUGCCUGCCCUGGCAAACCCCCAGAUGCCCUGGUUGUCCCUGUGCCCUGCUGGAUCCCUUCCUGCCCUGGCACCCCCUGGAUCCCUGCCUGCCCUGCCUGCCUGUGGCUCUGCUCACACACAACUUCUAAACAGAGUCAAUUUACCAGGACAGUCCUUGGUGGGGAGGGGGAUCCCUGCCCCUCUUCUCUCCCAGUCCCCCCAGUGCCACUGUGCCAAGGAUGGGUGUCCCAGGGUGCAGGAGGUCCUGCUGGGGACCAUCCCAGUCAUGGUGCCAAUCCCAUUGUGGGGCACAGGGUGUGGUGGCAGUGCCAGCCAGGUGGCCUUGGCCACUUGACCCCUCUCUGCCCACACCAGGGCAGAUCCAGAGGAGCCUCUCCCAGUUUGGGGGUUCCUGGGAAUGCCGGUGCACGUUCUGUGUCCUGCUUGGAGGGCUCCAGUGUUUUGCAGUGUCUCUCCUGUAGUUUAGGGCUGUAUUUACACACGACCAUGUACCAGUGUCCUCCCUCCCCAGCACAUCCCCCCGUGCCCAAGGGGUCCCUGUCCAUCCCUCUCGGGCCAAGCCCGUCCCGUUGGACUCCCGUGUAGCACCAACCCUUUUACAGUACACUUGAACCUUUGUAUCCUCAAAAAGAAAAAAAAAGGUAAUUACUGUAUUUAA